AUGGGGGGAGUCACCCGUAGGCGGGGGGCCACGCACACGUAGGGGACGGCACCCAUCCCCGGGGGGGGUCACCCACAGGUGGGGGUCUCCCGUACGUUCAGGAGCCACCCAUGGGUGGGGGGGCUCCCCCCGGCCCCCCCCGGCCUCCCCCGCUGUUCCCGGCACCGUGACUCAGCCCGGCCCCGCCCCCACCCCACCCCUCCGAGGGGGCGGGGCUUCCCCGAUGACGUCACCCCGCCCCCUCCCUUCCCCGUGCCGGGGCCGCGCCCUGCGCGUGACCCGGCGCCGGCCCCGCCCGGUGAGCUCAUCGCCACGCCCCCCCGGCGGCUUCCGGCCACGCCCCCUCCGCUGACGUCACGGGCGCCCAUAAAAGGAGCGCGGCGGCGAGCGGACGGCACCGGAGAUCCCCCCCCCACCUCCGCCCCCUCCCUCCCGGGCUGACAUGGCCGCCGCCGCCGCCGGGCCUGCACCGGAGCCCCUGCGCCAGGCUCUCUUCGGUGCGCAGCCCCCCCGCCAGCCGUCCCCGGAGCCCCCCCGGCCCCCCCGCUCCCCCUGGGGCCCCCCGCCAGACCUGGGCCGCCUCCUGCGCUCCCUCAGCGCCCCGGGCGGGCGACCAGUGCCCCCCCCGCCCGGCUUCCCCCCACGGCACCAUGGGCCCCCCCCGGGCUUGAGCCGGCCGGCGGCCCCCGGGGCGGCCGCCCUGGAGCUGGUGCUGGCGGCCUUGACCUUGGGGUCGGAGCUGGAGCCCGCGGGGGGGGCUCUGCCCCCGGUACCGUCGCUGCCGUCCCCCUUGGGAUCGCCGCUGUCGCCCCCGCUACGUCCGUCCCUGCCGUCGCCACCCCCCCGGGGACCCUCGCCGCCGCUGUCGCUGCACGGCCUGCCUUCCUCCUCCUCCUCGCCGCCGCCGCUCGCCCUCCCAGAGGCCUCCCCGUCGCCCCCCGGCUCGCCGCCGUCGCCGCUCUACAAGACGGAGCUGUGCCGCCCCUUCGCCGCCACCGGCCGCUGCCGUUACGGCGCCCGCUGCCAGUUCGCCCACGGCCCCGGCGAGCUGCGGGGGCUCCGGCGCCACCCCAAGUACCGCACGCAGCCCUGCAGCACCUUCCUGCGCUGCGGCUCCUGCCCCUACGGCCCCCGCUGCCACUUCCUCCACGGCCCCCCCCCGCUCCAGCCGGCCCCGGCUCCGUUACUGGGGGAUGGGGGGGUGACGGCCAUGGGCCCCCCCCCCAGCAGCCCCCGCCGCCUCCCUGUCUUCGACCGCAUCUCGGUGGCGGAGUGAUGUCCCCGUGGCCAUGGGGACCCCUCUGAGUAUGGGGGGGGGACGUCCCCACCCCAUGGUUUUUUUUUUGGGGGGGAAAACCGCUGUGAGGGCCCCCUCACGGCACCCUUUGUACCUCUCAGGUGAAGGGGGGCCCCAUUUUAACCCCCCCCCAUGCACUUUUGGGGGGGGAGGCGCUGGAUGUAGCAGCUCCCCCAGAAGGGGGGGCGCACCCUGAGCUCAUCUCAGUGGUGCUAAUUGGGGCGGGGUUGCCAGCGGGUCCUGGAUGCCCCCCCCCACCCCCCCCCCGGUUUAUGGCUUUAUUUAUUUAAGGUCGGUGCCUUGGGGCUGCCCCCGGCCCUGUGUGUGGGGAUGGAGGUUUUUUAGGGUAUUUAUGGGGUUUGUAGAGUUGUUUUUGGGGGUGGGGUGAGUUUUGUAGGGUAUUUAUGGGGUUUGUAGGGUUUGUUGAGGGGGGGGUGGGUUGGUAAAUAAACACUUGGGCUGUGACCGAACGCUCUCGCUUCCUCUCUCGCCGUCACGGGACGCCCUUCCGGGGCCGUUUCCUCGGAAAAAUAAAAGUUAAAAAAAAAAAAAAAAGAGG